UUAUCUGACGCCAAUUUAGCUUGUUCGCUACAAAACCUCGCAGUCUGCCCGGGACUAUAAAUCUCUUGUCCAAAUCGUAUCCAUCAGAGACAGACAACAAGCUCUUCAAGAAUGGUUCUCGUACCUGCGGCGCGCGGCAUAGUGCAGGCUCUGAUUCGCUCCAACACCUUCGAGGAAAUAGCACAGAUUAUGGAGUGCGACGUGGAGAGUGUGGUCAGUUGCAUCAAGGAGUGCGAGCUCGUCGAGGGAAACACCGCCACAUUAAAACUCCCGACGAAGCCCGCGGCAGUGAUUAAGACAGUGCGCCUCCCGCACAAAAUAGCGGAUAAUGUGGUGGUGCAGGUUCAAGAUCAUCCCAUCCAUGUGCAGCAGAAGCAUGUGCUCCAGCACGACAUCGAGAGGAACCGUCGCACCCUUCAGAGUCGCGUGGUCGAUAUCAAGACAAAGCAUAUCCAUGUGAGGAACGUGGGGCUAAGUAUGGCCGUCAAGAAACGCCGCAUGGCCUGGGCCACUGCACACCAGGACUGGACAGUGCGCGACUGGCGCAACGUCUUCAACAUGGACGAUCUCAAGUUGGUAGAUGGCACGCCGCCGAAGGAGAUAUUCGUGGAUACCCUGGUGGGUCCAGAGGGGACCAAUCGCAGUGACCUGAGUCUCCUCGAACAGCUGAUGGCUAUCAUCCAGCCCAAGAUCCAGACGCAGGCUCCGAAAAAUGCCCAAGAGUUUCGGGCCGUGCUCUACGACGCAUGGCACACCGACCAGGAGAUGGUGGACAAGAUCGAACAACUGUACGAAUCGAUGCCGGGGCGUGUGCAGUUAGUUUUGCUCAGCGGCGGUGGCGAAACCAACUUCUGACGAAUUUUGUAUAUACUCAUAUCUUAAUUCUCUUCCAAAGAGUGACGUAACGUAAUAAAAAAUCUGUUAAAAUUAAA